ACUCAUUAACGUCUUUCUCCACUUGCAGCAUUUUGCCCAACAAACAUUUCUGUAGGAUAAAGUCGAUGAAGCUCUGUCACACAAGUGGCAGAGGUGGGGAUGUGCAAUUGUGACGGUGCUUUGAAUUGAAGGAAAACAACAUGGAAAAACCCCCGCUGACCACCGAGCAUUUGCCUUCACAUGGAAGAUAACAUUUUUCUCUCAGUACAUCAGCCAGCUUCAUACUCAGUCAUCUCAAGACGCAGGCAUGCAGACAGGAACAGGACGCGAUGGACUGACUGAGACAGUCGGAGAACAUUUGAACAGAUGAGUCACAUAUGAGUGAUAGAUGAUGUAACAGCGUCUGGGACAGUCUUCUAGCAGACCAUGGAGCUAAUUGCACCAGCAGAAAGAGAAAAGGUGCUUUUUUAACAGCUUGUGAGCGUCAUACAUUUAUUUUGCCAAUGACAAAACAAGUUACAAUCUCAGGCAGUGGUGAGGCAAUGACCUAAUUCAGAUUAAAUGACCUCACACCGAUAAGUAGCCCGCCUCCUCACUGGGUGAUGGAACAUAAUCACAAAUGGGCUCUUAUCAUAGAGGCUGGAGUGUGUGAGGUUACAUGAUAUUUCUGUGUCUGUGUGUGUGUGUGGAUGGCUGUUUAACUCAGAGGAGUGAGUUUGGAUGCUACAUGCAGCAAUGUUGCGGCGUGGACUGCUAGCCUGGGUCUCCCGUGUUGGGGGCGUGCUGGUGCUCCUCUGCUGCUCCCUCUCACUGCUCUAUGUGAUGACCUGCAGCCCUCCACACUCUGAUGACCCUCCGCUGAGUCAUGCUUUACCCCGUGCUGGACCCAAUCACCCCAGCCUGGGGGGCACAGGGCCGGGGAUUGGAGCAGGGGCUGGUGGGACAGGAGGAGCUGGUGCUGGGCCUGCUCAAAGUGGUGGAUCACCAGGUGUCCAGUCGUACCAGGUGCUCCUCCAGGAGCGUGAGGAGCAGCACCGCCUCCAUAUCACCUCCUUGAAGAGGGAGAUCGCUCAGCUGAAGGAGGCUUUGCAGGAGCGCAGCCAGCAGCUGAAAGGAGUGCAGGAGAGCCUGAAGAGAGCCGCGGGGGGCACAGCAGAGGGACAGGAAGCCGGGGCUCAGGGAGGUGGUCUCGGGGAGGCACCGGGAGCCAAGAGCCAGCAGGCUGAUCUCCAGGAGUUCCUGAAGAGCCAGCUGUCAAAGGCCGAGGUGACCGCCGGCAUCAGGCUCCCCAGUGAGUAUGCGGUGGUGCCAUUUGAGAGUUUCACCCUUCAGAGGGUGUACCAGCUGGAGAUGGGGCUGACGCGUCACCCCGAGGAGAAGCCAGUGAGGAAGGACAAGAGGGAGGAGCUGGGGGAGGUGCUGGAGAUGGCUCUGCACAGCCUCAACACACCUUCAUCCCAGCAGGACGGCAGGGGUGCGGCGGAAAGGGCCAGCAAAGUUUACGCACCGUCUGACUUCAUAGAAGGUAUCACUCGCACAGAGAAGGACAAAGGGACGCUGUACGAGCUGACCUUCAGAGGGGAGUCGAGUAAUGAAUUCAGACGCCUGGUCCUCUUCCGUCCCUUUGGACCGCUGAUGAAGGUGAAAAACGAGAGGGUGGACACAGCCAACGUCCCGAUCAACAUCAUCGUCCCACUGUCCAGGCGCACAGACAAGUUCAAGCAGUUUAUGCAGAACUUCAGGGAAGUGUGUGUGCGUCAGGACGGCCGGGUCCAUCUGACGGUGGUGUAUUUUGGGAAAGAGCAGAUGAGCGAAGUCCGCAGCACUCUCGAGAACACAUCCAGGGAAGUUAAUUUUAAGAACUACACUCUGCUGCAGCUGGACGAGGAGUUUUCUCGGGGAAGAGGUCUGGACAUCGGUGCCCGAGCCUGGAAAGGAGGCAACGUUUUGCUUUUCUUCUGCGAUGUAGACAUCUACUUCACCGCCGACUUCCUCAACAGCUGCCGACUCAACACACAGCCCGGUAAAAAGGUUUUCUACCCGGUGUUAUUCAGCCAGUACAACCCCACUCUGAUCUAUGGAAGCCCUGAACAUAUCCCACCUGUGGAGCAACAGCUGGUGAUCAAGAAAGACACAGGGUUCUGGAGGGAUUUCGGUUUCGGCAUGACCUGCCAAUACAGAUCCGACUUCAUAAACAUAGGGGGUUUUGACAUUGACAUCAAAGGCUGGGGUGGUGAAGAUGUCCACCUCUACAGAAAGUACCUUCAUAGCAACCUCCUGGUGGUGCGAGCACCGUCACGAGGCUUGUUCCACCUGUGGCAUGAGAAGCACUGCGCUGAUGAGCUCCCUCCGGACCAGUACCGCAUGUGCAUGCAGUCCAAGGCCAUGAAUGAGGCCUCGCACGGCCAGCUGGGGAUGCUGUUCUUCAGGCACGAGAUCGAGGCUCACCUUCGCAAACAGAAACAAAGGCAAAAUUCAAAUCCCAAGAAGACAUGAAGGCUCAUUGUUGGUUGAAUUAUAAUCACUUGCAUUGACUGCAAUCAGUUAAGACUGAGAAGAAGAAGAGAUUAAUUCAACUGAUCUGAUUUUAAAGGAAUUGUUAAAGAUUACGCUUAUUUGCUUUCUUGCUGAGGGUUAGAUGAGACCACUCUCAUCUCUGUAUGCAAAAUAUGGAGCUAGAGCCAAGAGGUGAUUAGCUUAGCAUAGCAUAAAGACUGGAAACAGGGGGAAACAGCUAGCCUGGCUAUGUUACGUGAUAGGGUUUUACAGUGGCCUACGGUGGUUGAGAUGGCACCAAUUUAACUAUUUCAUAAAAGACUAGAAAAAAGUUUCCCUUCAGAAUUUAAUUUUCUUUAUGGAUCAAUCACUAAUCAUUUCAGCUCUACUUGUGUACAUUGCUGUGUACUGUAGUUUAAUCUAAAAAAACAUUUUAUUCUUGCAUAGAAUAACAUUCUAUGCAAAAACCUUAAUCUGUUAAACAACUAGUAAUUAAAGCUGUGAAAUAUUUGUAGUGGAGUAAAAAGUACAGUAUUUGCCUUUGAAAUGUUGUGAAGUAGAAGUAUAAAGUCCAAGUGCUUUAAAUUUAUAUUUAAGUACAAUACUUGAGUAAAUUAUACCACUUAAAUUAAACCAAGCUAAGCUGUAAUUUCAUAUUUUGCAUACAGAUGUGAGAGAGGUACGAAUCUUCAUCUCAGACAGAAAGCAAAUAAGCAUAUUUCCUAAAAUGUCUAUGACCUUAAUGAAAAAUGUGAAGACUUUUUAAUCAAUGUUUCACAGAUUCAGAGCAUGUUGUUGCUCUAAUGUAGCUGUGGAAAGGACAACAUAAAGUUACAGUUAAAUGAAACUGACUGAACAGCUUGAGGCAUUUAUCUGAACAACUGCAAUCGACUUUCAAUCUGUUGGAUACAUCCAUCUGUAAUAUAGUGUCCAUUUCUGUAUUCCUCUGUGACUGCAGCAAGGCCUUUCAGAAAGAAAACAUAAAGUGUAAUGUUGAGUUGUACCAUGUGCCUUGUGUGGAUAAAACCUGAACACUGUCUCCUCGUGAUGGCCAAUGACAAUUGAACCAACCUACAGGUUUUUAUAUGUAGGGAAACAGAGCCACCUAGUGGACUGAAAGUUAAACAUGUAGGUGAAAAAACAAUGAAGGACUUUUUCAGAGCCUGUAAAGGCCUUGUAAAACAUUUUAUAAAUUAUUGAUUAAUAAUUGUAAUUUUUUUAUUUAUGUUUGGUAUUAUUUUGUAAAUGCCACCAUUUAUACGUUUUUUUCUGUUCUCUCAUUUCAAAUGCAGUAUUUUUGUGUGUUUGUGGGUCAUUCACCUCUUUAAUGAAUUGUGAAUUAGUGUUAAGAAAAAUAUGCCAUGAAUUGCUUUAUCUAUGUAUUUGUCAGCAAAAUGACUCUUUUCUCAAAAGCCUUCUUAGUUUAAGACAUAUGUAUGUAUGCCCACAAAAUAACUAAACAUAGGAUUAUUUUUUUAAAUGUUUAAUUCAAAAGAUAAGAAAAUGUGUGUUUUUUUGUCACAUAAUUAAUAUGUGGACACAUAAUGGAUAGAUAAAGGAUAAAUUAUUGACUGACGAUGACUUAACAAGUCAGAAUAAGCCUUUUUGAUCUUUAUAUUUUUGUUUGUCAAUCAAAUGUGACACUUGUGUCAUAAAUAAAGUCCAGAGUGCAAUAAUGAAGAGAAAAUGUGAUAUUAAAUGAGCAGUCACAGAAACUAGAGAGAAACUGAUGUGGGCUUAGAGAUGUAAAACCAUCUUUAUCAACUGUCUCAAUUGUUACUUUAUAUUGGUUUUAAUAUAGUCACCCAUAAAUCUUUCUCCAGCACUUCUUCAGUCCUUAGAGGCAAUCAAAACAGUCCGUAUUUUUGUUGGUUGACCAAAGAUGUGAAAAUAGGCACUUUUUGAAUUAUGUUUGUUUUAUUCAUUGAAACAUUCCUUGUAAUAAUACAUCAAAUAACUUUCAUGUUUCAAGUUAUCUUUUCAUGUCAUGUAAAUAAGUUGAAUAAAACAUUU